UUCUUCUGGACCCGAAGACCUCUGCCGCAAACAUGCUCCGCCAGAUCAUCGGUCAGGCAAAGAAACACCCGAGCUUGAUACCUCUCUUCGUAUUUAUUGGAGCUGGAGGUACUGGGGCAGCACUGUAUGUUUUGCGUCUGGCGUUGUUUAAUCCAGAUGUCAGUUGGGACAGAAAGAAUAAUCCAGAGCCAUGGAACAAACUUGGUCCUAAUGAUCAAUACAAGUUCUACUCAGUGAAUGUGGAUUACAGCAAACUGAAGAAAGAAGGCCCUGACUUCUAAAUGAAAUGUUUUCCUUUAGAGCCGCUUAUAAUGAAGGUCUUCCAGAAGCCAUCCGCACAAUUUCCCACUUAACCAGGAUAUAUUUCUUCCCCAAAUGCACAAAAUCAUGUUGGGGUU